UCUGGCCCACCCGCGGAGGUCGUGGUGGUCACCUGUGAGGCCUGCUCGUCCGCUCCACUGUGGGACCUGGGGUUACUGGGGUCCGCCUCGGCCGGGUAGGGUCGGAGACUGAGGAGAACCUGACCCGAACCCACCGAGCUCGCGGGGAACCUCCGAGGCCUUCGAAGGCGGUGCCGGGAGUCGAGGACACUGGUGCGAAGUGUGUGAUUCUACGUGUGUCUCGGUGUGCAGCUGAAUGCAGCGUUUCGAUGGAUGUGGUCUGGACCCACUGAUGCAUGGUGGCCAGAGCAGGGGCCACAACUUGAGUGACACACACAGGAUCUGAUGCUCUGAAGACCACAAGAUCCGGGGACAAAGGUGUGAAAACAAGGCAGUGGCUCAGAAAGCAGCGAUGGAAGGACUCUCGACCGUGGCCACCCCCCAGGGCCCCGAGGUGGGGGAAACCCGGGAACAAGAGGGUCGGUUCAAGGACCGGCAGGAGAACCAGAAAAGCUGUUUGAAGCAAGAGGCCACGGCCCCCGGGGAAGAGCCCGCCAGGGAAGGUGUGCAGGAGCGGGGCGAGCUCGGCGGGGUGCCGGGAACAGGCCGGAGUCCUCCCCUGCCCCAAGCCGGCGGCCGGCCCCGGAGGCGCGGCGCGCCCAGGAAGAACCCAAAGCAGAAGAGGGCGGGCUCCGGCGAGGAGGAGCGAGGAGGGGGCGGCCCCCGGAAGCCGUGGACGUGCGGGGACUGCGGCAAGGCCUUCAGCUACUGCUCGGCCUUCACCCUGCACCAGAGAACCCACACCGGCGAGAGGCCGUUCGCGUGCGCCGACUGCGGCAAGGCCUUCAGCCAGAGCGUCCACCUGACGCUCCACCGGCGCACGCACACGGGCGAGCGGCCGUACGCGUGCCCCGAGUGCGGCAAGGCCUUCAGCCAGGGCUCCUACCUGGCGUCGCACUGGCGCACGCACACGGGCGAGCGGCCGCACCGCUGCGCCGACUGCGGCAAGGCCUUCGCGCGCCCCACGCACCUGGCGCAGCACCGGCGCGUGCACACGGGCGAGCGGCCGUACGCGUGCGGCCAGUGCGCCAAGGCCUUCCGCAACCGCUCGUCCCUGCUGGAGCACCAGCGCGUGCACACGGGCGAGAAGCCGUACGCGUGCGCGCGCUGCCAGAAGGCCUUCCGCUUCUCCUCGGCGCUCAUCCGCCACCGGCGCACGCACACGGCCGAGCGGCCGUACGCCUGCGGCCAGUGCGCCAAGGCCUUCACGCAGCUCGCGCACCUGGCGCAGCACCGGCGCGUGCACACGGGCGAGAAGCCGUACGCGUGCCCCGAGUGCGGCGCGCCCUUCAGCCAGAGCGCCUCGCUGGCCGAGCACCGGCGCAUCCACACCGGCGAGAAGCCGUACGCGUGCGCGCAGUGCGGCAAGGCCUUCACGCAGGUGUCGCACCUGGCGCAGCACCGCCGCGUGCACACGGGUGAGCGGCCGUACGCGUGCGCCGACUGCGGCCGCGCCUUCAGCAACCGCUCGCACCUGGCGCAGCACCGCCUCGUGCAUACGGGCGCGCGGCCCUACCGGUGCCCGGAGUGCGGGGCGGCCUUCGGGCACGUGUCGUCCCUCAUCGAGCACCAGAAGAUCCACACGGGCGAGAAGCCCUACCGCUGCGGGGACUGCGGCAAGGCCUUCAGCCAGGGCUCGUCGCUGACGCUGCACCGGCGCACGCACACGGGCGAGCGGCCCUACGCGUGCCCCGAGUGCGGCAAGGCCUUCAGCAACCGCUCCUACCUGAUCCAGCACCACAUCGUGCACACGGGCGAGAAGCCCUACGAGUGCGGCGGCUGCGGCAAGGCCUUCAGCUUCUCCUCCGCGCUCAUUCGGCACCAGCGGACGCACGCCGACGGGAGGCCCUGUCCGCGCGCCCGCUGCGGCCACCCCGCCGCCCCGCUGCCGCCCCCGACGGGGCCCCCGGGCUCCCCCCGGGAGGAGGAGCCAGGCGGCGGCAGCGACCCCACACAGAGUGCCACAGACCGGCAGAAGGACGAGCUGAUGCCUAACGGGGACCUCUGACCCGGCACCGCGCCCGGCACUGUUCCACCCCGCUUCCGACCGCUCGGCACCAAGGGGAGGCACCUUCUCCGCCCCGACUCGUCCGUGAGAAAACCGAGGCUCAGGGAGGCCCGGGGACUUGCCCAAGGUCACACAGGGAGGAGGUCACAGGGCCGGGACUGGACUCCGCAUCUGCCGGACUGCCCCUCCCCCCAACACACACACUCUGCCUCCUGGUUCGGAACUAUAAAUGCGACCCACGAAAGUAGACCCAAAGAAGUGUCUGUGCGUCUCUAGCUAGCCUUUGAGUGGUCGAGAUUUGAUGAUCACGUAGGCAUUUGUUCAAUAAAUUUAAUUGGAUAAAA